GCGCAAAAAGUGUAAAAGUGUAAAAGUCAAGUAACGUGUUUGUCAGACAUAACCUUGACGUCGCGACAGAGAGUUGAAUAAUCGCCGCAAUGUGACGGAAGUUUUCCGGAAAAAACAAUACUAAACAUGUUCGAUAACUAAAUUAUUGCGCAAUUAAAAAAUGUUAUUAUUACGAAGCAUCGCCUCGGCACGAAAACUCCCCUGUUUCAAAUCAAAAUCAUUCUGUGAGGUUAAACCAAGUGCCACAUUCAACUUAUUGAAUCAACAAUACCAAAAAUCCGACUUUGCUAAAUUAAAUGUCCUCAACGAUGAACCACAAAAAGAGAAGAAAAUCGCCGAGAAGCUAGUCGACAUAUCACCAAAGCCUAUCCAACCGUAUCUACGCCUUGCACGGCUGGACAAACCAAUAGGAACAUGGUUACUCUACUGGCCUGGUGCUUGGAGUAUAGCUGCAGCUGCACAACCAGGAUGUUUCCCAGACCUAUAUUUAUUAAGUCUUUUUGGCGCUGGCGCUAUAAUCAUGCGAGGUGCAGGCUGCACAGUGAAUGACAUCUGGGAUAAAGACAUUGAUGGCAAAGUUGACAGGACUCGCAAUAGACCUCUUGUUGAUGGUUCAGUGUCAAUGAAACAAGCCUACGCGUUUUUAAUCGCGCAGUUAUUCGCUGGGCUUGCUGUCCUGAUGCAGUUAAAUUGGUACAGCAUCCUCCUAGGCGCCAGUUCUUUAUCUCUAGUGUUUAGUUAUCCGGCUUUCAAGCGGUUUACUUAUUGGCCACAACUUGUACUUGGGUUUACGUUUAAUUGGGGUGCGUUGUUGGGUUAUAGCGCUGUGAGAGGCUAUCUGGAGCCGACAAUUUGUGUGCCAUUGUAUUGCGCGGGGAUUUUCUGGACGCUCAUCUACGAUACGAUAUAUGCGCAUCAGGAUAAAAAGGAUGAUUUGUUGAUAGGUUUGAAGAGUACUGCGAUACACUUUGGUGAUAAAACGAAGCUGUGGUUGAGUGGCUUUUCUGUUGCUAUGAUUAGCUCACUUGCUGUGACAGGCGUGAUGGCGGAACAGACGUGGCCAUAUUAUGCUUCCCUAGCGUUAAUUUCGACACAUCUUGCCUCGCAGAUUGUUACGUUAAAUAUAGAUAAUACCAAUGAUUGUGCUAGUAAAUUUAUAUCCAAUCACCAGGUUGGGUGGAUAUUGUUUUUGGGUUUUGUGUUGGGCAACUUGUAUAAUAGUCAAAAUGAGAAUUCUGUAAAAACAGAAAAAGUGUGACAUAAAUUAAAUAUUUAAAUAAAA